AUGGGCACCGUUGUUUGCAGCCGAUGCUCUGACACAGGUGACUCCGUGCCCAAACCAUGGACAACUUGGACCUGGGGGGCGAACGAGAGCGUAAUGUUCAGCGAGGAGGAUCUGGUUGUUGCCCGGGCGGCCACGGCAACUGGCACGCUUUUGGAUCAGCUCCAAGGCAAGUGGGUUCGCCAGGAUGGCUUCUUCAUGGGCGUGCUCACGAACGGCCGCCUUCGAUGGGGUGAAGCCUUCCGAGGUGACUCUCAGAGUCUGCUGGAAGAGGCCGGGCCCAACAAGGUGCACCUCCGACUGGCCGGCGAGGUCCACGAAGGAAGUGUUUACGUAGGCCGUCGCAUGAGCAUCCACUGGGCAGACGGUGCGCCAAAGCAGUUGCUUCAUGCCGUCGCAGUCUACACUGCGAUGUCAGUCCUGUCAGUCGAUGUGUCUGCGGUCCAAGUGCUAUGUCAGCGGCAAGAAGUUUAA